AUGACAUCACCGGAUGGCCCUGAACACCAACCCGCGGCCAUCAACUACGUCGCAGGCUUCCUCCUCGUUGGCCUCGCGUGGGGCUUCACGACGCCCUUCAUCCGCCGCGCCGCGAAAGAUCACCACCCGCCCCCGCACCCGGUCCUCGAGACCGAUGCCGUCAAGCGGAGCUGGUUCCGGGGCCGGGUCUACGGCGCCUUCUUCGGCGUCGUCGAUCUGCUCCGCAACCCGCGGUACGCCGUGCCGCUGCUGAUCAACUUGACCGGAAGCGUGUGGUUUUUCCUGCUCAUUGGGCAGGCCGAGUUGAGUUUGACGGUUCCCAUCGUUAAUACUCUCGCGUUUCUCUUCACCGUCAUUGGCGACUGGUGGGUCGAGAGUAAGGUGAUCAGUCGAGGUAGGCCGCAAUUUCUCUCCGAGUUUAUCUGA